UGCACCAAACACUGUAUAGUCUUAGCUUUAGUUUCUAUUUUCCUCUCUCUCCCUCUCCCUGCGACGCAAGCAGACAAUGGAAGGUGGAGUUCCCAUGCUCAACUGCCUCCUCCAGCACACUCUCAGAAGCCUCUGUACUUCAUCCUCUCCCCAUUCUUCUUCUUCUUCUUCUUCUUCUUCUUCCUCCAAGUGGGUCUACUCUGUUUUCUGGAGAAUCCUCCCAAGAAACUACCCUCCUCCAAAGUGGGACCAUGGGGGAGGUGCACUUGAUCGCGCCAAGGGCAACAAAAGAAACUGGAUUCUUGUGUGGGAAGAUGGGUUUUGUGAUUUUUACGAAUGCGAGAGAGCCGGAAGGGGAGAGAGUAUAAAGGCAAGGUUCGGAGCCGAUGUCUUCUUCAAGAUGUCUCACGAGGUCUACAGCUAUGGCGAAGGCCUUGUGGGGAAAGUCGCCGCCGAUAACAACCACAAAUGGGUGUUUAGAGAUAGCCCAACUGAGAAUGAUCCCGCCUUCAUCACCGCCUGGAACGUCUCCAUUGAUCCGCAACCAAAAGCAUGGAAAAUUCAGUUCCAUUCAGGAAUCCAGACAAUCGCUGUCAUUUCCGUGAGAGAAGGCAUUAUUCAACUGGGCUCAUUCGACAAGAUUGUUGAAGAUCUCAAUCUGGUGAUAAGCAUACAGAGGAAAUUCAGCUACCUCCUGAGCAUACCAGGGAUCUACGCAAUUCAAAGACCAUAUCUCCCAAUCCAACAUCCAACAUUUGGAGCUGAUUACGAAAAGCACCAGUUGACUGGAGCAAAGAGACUUUACGGCGGCGGAAACCUGCUGGAAUCACAGCCAAAAUCCAUGAACCUGGGCUACAACAGCCCACAAAACGGUGCGGCGGUGCAACCCAUUUGGCCCAUUCCGCCUCUCUUUUCUUCCUUGCCUUGCAGCCUAGGAGCUCUGCUCUCAAAGGUGCCAAACUAUCAUCAGCAGGCCAUUGAAGCUUCUACUGUACCAGUGGUGGUAAACAAUGGCGGCAUCAAGAGCAGUACAGCGCAGAGGGUUGAGGUUGAUGAUGGCGAUGUCAAAGUGGAGCCAUCUUGUGUUUUGGAAGCUGGCCAAGGGGAAAAGCCAAGCUCCUUUUAUUAGGGAAGCCUAAUUGCAUUUAUUUGUCAAUUAUUAGAUGAUUUGGUGAGUACUUGGCUGGUCGGCCGGUCGGAGGCUCCCCUCUUCCCUCACCUGUUUAUUCACCACUCUACCUCUCCUCUCCUCUCCUAUCACAUAGAUGUGACAAUCAAGUGGUAUAUAACUAUAAGCCCUUUUCACUCUUUUUUAA